AAACGAAACCUGGUCAACCCGGAAGCUGAGAAGUGUUUGUCAGGCUACGUAAGGAGGCUGCGCGGUAAACACGACACAGAACGGUGGCUGGAGGGUAGAAGUGUACGGAACAUUUCAUGUCAAGAUGGCAUCUAUUAGAGAUCUGGAAAAGACCAGCUCUUGGAACACUUUGGUUCUACCAGACCUACCCAGUGGACCGCUCUGUGCUUACCGGAAGAAAGCAUCCUUCAAUUGGAAGGAGAUGGUACUAUUCAUAGAGGAAGAAGAUCUCAUCCAUUUUAAAAACAGAAUAUUCUCAACUCUUGAAAAUGAUCCUCUCUUUGCUCGUCUUGCUGGAGAAGAAUUAUCCCUUGAGAAAUAUCGUGAGCUGACUUUCCUUCGCUGUAGGAGACUCUUUGAAUAUGAUUUUCUAAGACUAGAAGAGAUUGUGGAGAAACCAUUAAAAGUCGUGGUGCUGAUUACUUGCCUGGGAAUGUACGACUGGUCUCUUGGAGCCAAAUUUCUGCUAAAUUCUCAGGUGUUCAAAGGUGCAAUUGAGAGUACAGGCUCUGAAAGACAUGAAGAAUUUAUUAAAGAAAAUGAAAAUAUGAAGAACUUUGGAUGUUUUGCUCUGACAGAAUUAAGCCAUGGCAGCAAUACCAAGCAUAUGCGGACUACUGCUAGAUAUGAUCCAACUACACAGGAAUUUGUUAUUCACUCACCUGAUUUUGAAGCGGCCAAGUUUUGGGUUGGCAACAUGGGGAAGAAUGCAACGCAUGCUGUUGUCUAUGCACAGUUAUAUACUCCAGAUGACCAGUGCCACGGAUUACAUUCCUUUGUGGUACAGAUUCGAGAUCCAAAAACCCUUCUUCCCGUGCCAGGGGUGCUGGUUGGUGAUAUUGGUAGGAAACUUGGACAGAAUGGUUUAGAUAAUGGGUUUGCCAUGUUUCACAAUGUCAGGAUACCCAAAAAGAACUUGCUGAACCAAACUGGAGAUGUCACAGCUGAGGGGGAAUAUACCAGUGUGUUCAAGGAUCGCAAGCAGCGUUUAGGAGCUUCUCUUAGCGCUUUGUCCAAUGGAAGAGUUAUGAUUAUAUCCAUGUCGGUGGUCAAUUUAAAGCUUGCUAUUUCAAUAGCAAUUCGCUUCUCAGCUACCCGGUGCCAAUUUGGACCCACAGAUGAUGAAGAAAUACCAGUUCUUGAAUACCAAAUGCAGCAAUGGCGCUUGCUUCCUUAUUUAGCAGCCACCUACGUCUUAGACCAUUUCUCCAAACUGUUGUUCAUUAACUUGAUGGAAUUCCACAUAGGACUCAUAAUGAAGGACAAAAGUCCACAACAGGCUGAACUUGGGCGUGAAAUACAUGCCUUAUCUGCUUCGGGCAAACCACUGGCCUCCUGGCUUGCACAACAAGGAACACAAGAAUGCCGAGAAGCUUGUGGAGGACAUGGCUAUCUGGCCAUGAAUCGCCUGGGUGAUAUCCGUAAUGACAAUGACCCAAAUUGCACCUAUGAAGGAGACAAUAAUGUUCUGCUGCAGCAAACUAGCAAUUACCUAUUGAGCUGGAUGAAUGCAAAACACCACGGCAAAGGUCCUAUUACAUCACCACUGGGAUCAGUAGAUUUUUUGGAAGACUAUAACCAUAUUCUCUGUCAGAAAUUCACAGUGUCAAAUGUUCAAGAUUGCAUGAAUUCUUCAGUAUCUCUGAGAGCAUACAAAUGGCUAGUUUGUUACUUACUCCAAGAGAGUUUCCAGAAGCUGAGAAACCAAGAAAAAUGUGGUUGUAAUGAAUUUGAGGCAAGGAACAACAGCCAGGUGUACUACUGUCGUUCUUUAGCUAUAGCCUUUAUUGAACACACCAUUUUGCAACGAUAUUUUGAAUACAUUAACAGUUCCAGCACACCAGCUAGCCUUCAGCUGAUACUGAAGCAUAUAUGUUCACUAUAUGGACUGUGGUCUUUGAAUAAGCACAUGGCAGUGCUCUACCAAGGUGGCUACAUUUCUGGUGUGAAUUCUGGCAAAUUUGUACAAGAUGCAAUUCUAGAACUUUGUUCAAAGCUGAAGCAAGAGGCUGUGGCUUUGGUGGAUGUUAUUGCUCCUCCUGACUUCAUACUCAAUUCGCCAAUUGGCAGGGCUGAUGGAGAGCUAUAUAAAAACCUCUGGAGCACAGUUCUUCAAGGCAACAAGGUGCUUGAGAGGCCAUCUUGGUGGUCAGAAUUUUGUACUAAUAAACCUGUUGUAGGUAGGCUAAGAUCAAGAAUGUAAAUCAAACAGUGUAUUGACCUGGAUGAUUAACCCUCGUCUGAAAUAUGUGUGUUUAAAGGAUCAUGUUAAAUGAACAUAAUUUUUGUUGAGGAAAUGAUAAGAAGCACAAGCCUUUGAAAUGGCAUUUAAGCCCAUUUCCAGGACUACCGGCACAAUCAAGAACAGUACAGCCCAGUUUACACAGUUCCCAAUUGUGUCAUUCAGUCAAGAUUUACAGAAAUAAAGUCUCAUUAAAGUGGGCUGCUACUCAGAGCCUGAUGUGGUCCUAUAUUAUUAGUGUGUCAAGUGAUGAUAAUUGAAGACUGAAAUCUGGUUGCUCUUUGAACAAUGCGUUGUUAACUCCUAGUGGAAAUAGUUACAACAAACUGAAAGAAAGUUAUAUCUAUGCAAAGUGCACAAUGUUCUCUGUUGAUGUAAACUUGCAUCAUUCCAUUGGAGUCCCUGUAGAGGGCUAUGAGUAGUGUUGGGCAGGCCCAUUUCUCCCACAGAGCUAAAAUAAAUUCACUGUUCCUGGAAAACAGAGCAGAGUAGAUGUUUCUGACUUUGAUUCAUUGUCAUAUUUUAUACACCUCUGAUUCAAAUAUUGUUAUAGUUUCUUGUUUAAUUUAUGCUUUAAUUGGGGUUAACUAAUAUUAAAUUCUAUAUAUUCUCACUAGCAUUCUGCAUUGUAUCUGCACUUUUUAAUUUUAAGUGUAAGCUGGUGCCAGAAAUCCCAAGUUAAAUGCAAAGUUAAUAUAUGUUAUAACAAAGUUUAUUUCACCUGCUGCAUAUUUUUGGAAAAUGUUUUAUGCUGACAUGAUGGAAGAAAUGUUGACAUUGAUGAA